CCCAAUGCAAUCAAUACCCAUAAGCCCAAGACCAAGCCCAAAUUCUUAGCCCUUACCCGUUUGCCACUUACCACCCGGUUUCUCUAUCUCUGUCUCUCUCGAUUCCGGCGAAAUCCAAGCGGCAGGCGGCAGGCGGUAGCUUAUUUCAACUGCUUUUCUCCUUCACUUCUUUCCCUCCUCUGUGUAUCAUCCAUUGCAAUUCUUGGUGUUGUUACUUUCUGCUGCGCUGUAUGAUGGAAAACCAGUCACUUUGUGAUGAUAACAUGGAGGAAGCAGAGUAUGUAUUGCUUGAUCUAGAUGACCUUCCUUGUGAAGUUUACAUUCCCCCAAAUGCACCAUACGUUCUCUCGGGUCUUGACACAUUGAACCCCAUCUUGACCAUCGAUGGUAAAAUCAAGCUGAUUGGACAGUAUGAUGAGACUAUUGGGACAUGCCUUGUUUUUGAUGAAAAAGAUACCCCUCCUGAAGAAGCUGGACCUUCUGAAGCUAACCUUUGCCCAGGAAGGCCCACGUUAGAUCCUAAGCAAACCAAGUCGAAACAAGUCAAGCCUGUAACACAGCUUCAAAAGAUACUUAAAUUCAAGCUGUUGCAGAAUAGUGAAACUGAAGAUGCAAGAGAGAAGCCAAAAGAAGAUUAGGUAACCGAGUGUUUUAGCAACUUAGAUGCUACUACUCGAGAAUGUACAGUGGAGUCGAAACAGAGCUAUUACGACAUAGCAUUGGUGUAGCAUGGAUAAUACUAUCAUUUUUCUUCAUAGCUGGUUCAGAACUUAGACAUUGCACAAUGUGCAGCAACUGAAUAUGGCAGGUAGAAUCAGUUGGAUACACAAGGCUAUUACUUUAUAAUUUUCUCCUUUUAUUAUUAUCCAUGGAACUCUCAUGCCCUUGUUUACACAAUUAUUUCAUUGAAUGUAAAUAAAUACAAGAAAAUACUUUGAAAUCUUAA